UUGAGAGUUGCAACUAACCGCUGCAGGAUGAUGUGAACUUCAGCGAAGAUCUCAAACCAAACUUUUCUGUCUUUUAAACUGCAGACCUCACCCAUCUCGUGUGGCUUCACUUCUGGGAUCUGGUGUUUGAACGCAUCAUCUUCUUCUGUUUUGUUAAGCCGAGUGACUUUUUUCCUCAAGUGGUUGAUAUUUGUGUUUAUGUGAGUGUCUAUGGUGUGACCCUGACAUGGCUGAGGCACCGCCACCACAGGCACAACCGGUCGAAAUUGAUCCAGACUUUGAGCCUCUCUCCCGGCCGCGCUCCUGCACCUGGCCGCUGCCCCGCCCGGAGGUCACCGACCCGGCCAGCUCCAACACCUCCUCCCCGGCGCCGUCGGUGCAGCAGGAGCCGGGGGGAAACAUCAUCAGCAACCUGGGCUUGUUGGAGGAGGACUAUGGAGAGUAUACGGAGCAGAAAGCGCCCUGCGGUGUGUUUCAGUGCCGUGAUGGGAACUGUGUACAUCUACAUCACCACCAGCACCAGCAGCACCAUCACCUCCAGCAGCUGCAGGCUCCGCAGCCUCAGCAACAGGUGCCUCCUCCCGGCGUGCCACCUUUGGGAGGCCCCGGCCAGAGGAAGAGCAGCUCGUCGCGCCGUAACGCCUGGGGCAACAUGUCGUACGCUGACCUGAUUACCAAGGCGAUAGACAGCUCGCCUGAAAAGAGGCUGACACUGUCUCAGAUUUACGACUGGAUGGUGAAGAGUGUGCCUUACUUCAAGGACAAGGGAGACAGCAACAGCUCUGCAGGCUGGAAGAACUCCAUCAGGCACAACUUGUCCCUGCACAGCCGCUUUGUUCGCAUUCAGAAUGAGGGAACAGGAAAAAGCUCCUGGUGGAUGCUGAACCCAGAAGGAGGAAAGAAUGGAAAGUCGCCUCGACGCAGAGCUGCCUCCAUGGACAACAACAAUAAGUUCGUCAAGAGCAGAGGAAGGGCCACAAAGAAAAAGAUGGCUCUCCAGGAAGGAGUUGAGGGAGGAGCAGGCAGCCCUGGUUCCCAGUACUCUAACUGGCUGGGGAGCCCAAACUCCCACAGUAACGAGGACUUUGAAGCCUGGAGCUCCUUUAGGACUCGGACCAGCUCUGACGCCAGCACUCUGAGCGGCCGUCGUUCACCUUUCCCCCCUGAGCAGGAUGACCUUGGCGAGGCUGAUGGCCACAUGAUGUAUCCUGGAGCGACGGGGACCAAGAUAACCUCCACCCUGCCCAGCCUGUCAGAGGUGGCUGGAUCAAUGGGCCAGCGUGGCUCAGAAAAUGUCAUGGAGAGUCUGCUGGAUAACCUGAACCUGCUGUCUCCUAAGACCCCCCAGCUUGGCUCUGAGUCCACACAUUCCUCAAAUGCUGCCAUGCUUCAGAGUAGCACCUACAGCUCUUCUGGCCUGACACCACGGCCACAGCAGGACUACCAUAAGUGCAUGUACGGCCCGGUGAGGAUGAACUCCCUGUCCCCUGUUCCCAUGCAGACACUUCCAGAGAACAAGCCGGGCUUCGGGGCUUAUGAGAACCAGUAUAUCUGCCCUGCUGGCCUCCUCAAAGAGCUGCUGACCACAGAGGCAGAUACCAGUAGGGACAUGAUGCCCUCUAGAGAUACACUGGUGUCAGAGGUUGGGCGGGGAAGUUGCCUGUUGCCCCCUUACAGCAGCCAGAGCCAUGUGGGGGGUCAUAAUGGGGUCAAAAUGAUGAAUCCCCCUCAAAGUCACCCAGUUCCUCAUGUAAAUCCACAAGCUAUACAUAGUCAGGGUCCUGCUGCCCCACGAGACUUGAAUAGCUGCAACAUGAUUCCCCUGAGUAGUCUGACUAGUCCCCCUCCUCGGAUGACUAGCCUGAGGACGUGCAUGCAGGUGCCCCGUGGACACCCAGCACACACUAUCGACGGCUCGGCGGGCUACAGCAGCUACAGGGAGCUUAGCUCGGUCCACCCCCACGGUCAGCAUCAGGAGCGGCUGCCCAGCGACCUGGACAACGUGUCCAUCGAGAGGUUCGAGUGUGACCUGGAGUCUGUCCUCCACGACACCCUCAUGGACGGCGGGGCGCUGGACUUUAAUUUUGAUCCUGCAGCUGCGCCUCAUGGGUUUUCUCAGAGAGUGAAGACGACCACACACAGCUGGGUGUCAGGUUAAGACACCUGAUGCACACAAACAGUUUCCAUCACAGGUGUUUACCAACAUCACCCCAGUGCUCACCUUCAGUCAAAGACUGGAAAAUAUAAAUCCAAAGACGCCACCUCCAUCACUUUCCAAGGACCAUCAGGCAUAAAGUUAUUCUCAAAAAUGUACAUCUUGAGUUGCACAGCCAUGUUAAUACUUUACAGGUAGGAGUAAAAAGAAGAAGCUUAUUAUGCAAAUCCUGAUACUGAAAUAGGACACAUGCUAGCAAAGACAAACCUGCAUUGGCCUUGUUUACAACUGUCUGUCAGAAACUGAAAAUAUGUGUAGAUACAAUUAUUUUUUAGCAGAUGCAAAUAUACAGUAUAGUAGAUUACACAAGGCAGACAUCACUGUCUAAAUGUGUGUGACAACAAAGACAGCUGGUAUGACUUCUCUAAAUGUAUGAUUUGUGGUCAGCCUGACAUUUGGCCAACGCUGCACAAUUACGUUCCAUUUUAGGACUGUGCUUUGUAGCAGUAAGUAGGCCCUCCUGUGGAACUUUAAGGUGCAUUUGGGACACAACAAUAACUCACUUUUACGUUAGUGUUUUAGCACACUGCUCUGUAGGUGAUGGCUUUAAAAUCAGUUCUUUACUUGCCACCUUCAGGUGAAAGGAGCCAGCAUACUGUCAGGGUGGGAAUCAGAGAGAACACAAUAUGAUGCUAUCAUGAUAACAAUGGUAUGAUAGUACAGCGAUGUGGCAAAUGUCAGUAUAUUGUAAGAAAAUAUUCAGUAAUAAAUCAGGAUAUCUGUGUCACUGAAGAUGAAAAAAUACCCCUAAAAAGUCAAAAAGCAGGAGUUAGGAAUUGUUGUUUCCCCCCAACUGUCUGGUAUUUUUUCAUAUAAAGUUCAAAAUGGGAGAAUGUUGAUUUCUGUUUACUUUAACCUCAUUCUUAUUAUAAGAACCACAGUGAGCAGCCAUUAUAUAGCUCUUCAUGGAAAUUUGUUUAUAUUGAACUCAUCAAGCAACAGUCUUUGGUCCAGUGGUUAGAAAUACAAGUGAAAUUUGAAAAUGGCACCAAAAUCUCCAAAGGACUUGAUAGUAUUUUCCAGCAAUCUAAAUGUCUGUCAGAUUUGAUGUUCUAUGUGAUUAAUGAGGAAUUUCAGCUUUUAAGGGUUACAUUUAAGAAUUUAGUGAAAUUAUUAGAUCUAAAUGAUGCAUAAAACGGUCCAUCGUCUGCAUAAUGACGCAUAAUUACCAUUAUUGAAAUAGUACGUUUAAGACCUAAGAAGAAUGGAGUGUGACAGUAAGUUAUGUGCAGGAAUUUGCAACACCAGAUUGCAGAUUAUGAAUUAAAUAACAGUAAAUUUUUAAAAAUUUUUCAUUCACACACACACACACACGCAGCUCCGAUGUUACAGAGUGCGGUGGUACAGCGACAGCAGAUGCAGCUCUCUGGUGGAAUAUCAACCAAUAUGUCCUCCAUUAAAACCUUCAUCAGAUGUUAUUAGAGGUCCCAAGAUCAUUUUAAUGUCUGACUGAAAUGAACUCAUCAGUCAUAUACUGUAUGAAGGCAUUUAUGUAUGUUUUUAUUGUGGUGUUGGCUGGACGAUUCAUGCUUUGUACUUUGCAAGCUUGUAAAGCUAUAUGCACUUGCUGUGUACAAUGUGUGCAUUGAAUUGAAGUGAUUGGGGUUUUUUUUUGUCCUUUUACAUAAAACUAAUCUGAAACAAGGAUAUUAUAGAUACAUUAGAGAUGUUGCUUUCUAAAAAUGGUUUACUGAAAGUUUAUAUUGAUCUCGACUCAUGUAUUUGUGAAAAUUCCCAGUUAUGUUGUUUAGAAAAUGUGGGUGUCUGAGAACGCCUUUAAAGAAUAACGUUCCUCAAGUUAUUUGACCUUUUUGAAUUUUUUAGGGUAGUCAUGAACAUUUUUUAACCUCUGAUUAGAUGAACCUCUGUAAAUUCUGCCAUUCUGGAAGCAAGGAAAUCUUUCAAAAACAUAUUGGAGAAACUAGUGUGCGAAAUACAACAGGAUUCACUUUUUUUAAUUUUUGAUGAUCAGAAGUGAAAAUACCUGGAAAACUAUUAUUUUUAUUUGUCAAUAUUCCCAAUCAUAUGAAUAGGAAUCAUAAGAAAACACAUGAAAAGUAGCCAAUUGUCCUGCUUUUGAUACCUUAGAGGAUUUGGUUUACUCUUCUGUUUUGUUUUUUGGUGGUUGCAUGGGUAUAUGCAUUUAUAAUUUUACACAUAACCAUGAUGAUGACGACACAGAAAAUUAGAGAUGCAUGACAAAGAUAGGAUACUAUCAAUAAUUUAGAAACCCUAAAAUAUUGUGUUUUAAGAAAAAUGAGGUCAAGUUGAAAUCUAAAAAAAAAGGGAUGUUUUGGAGAAUCUGGGGGAUUUUUGCCUGACUUUUGCAAUGUGAAUGGAAAGGCUGAUGGUGAAAACCCGAGUUGACUGAAAAUAGAUGAUUGUCUGUAAAAUGUAGCCAACACAGCAAAAGGUUUGCUUGCGAUUUACCUCUAAGCAGCUACGGUUGUCGUGCACCAAAGACUUCUUGAUUCCAAACACAUUUAAAGAAGUUGUGCUAAUUCACUGUGCCUACAAAUCUUAGAUUUAUAAAGCUGUACAUAUUAUUUUCUGUAGUCGUACAUUUUUGCAUGUAAGUUUUACAGGCCUUGUUACUUGUCAUUGUGCUGAAACAUUAUACUCUAUGUAUGAUUGUAUUAGACAUGGAUGUUUACAUAUCUCAAUCCAAACUAUAUCAGUAAAUAUAUGAACACUCAUACCUCAAAAUAUUUUACCUCUGAAGUGUUGAAGGGAUUUUUCCUGCCAUUUUCCUCAGUAAGUGAUGUUUGCUUUGUACAUAUCUAUAUUUUUUUGUCUGUUUCAUAUUUGCUUAAUGCUGAAACCAGUCAUAUUUGAACCCAUCUGUAUUUACAUUUCUAAUGUUUUCUCGUGCUUGAGGAUUAUAGCCAUUAGAUGAUAGUAAAUGUUACGUGACAGCACAGUAAAUGGUUUUAAAUCAACCGUGAAUUUGUGUGAAAUUGUAUAUUUUGAAAGUUUUUUUUUUUUAACUCGUUGAAAGGUAUACUAUAAAAGGAUUUAAUUGUGUUGUGGUAUAGAAGCACUACUUCCCUAGUUAUUGAAUUGUAAUAAAAACAAAUAUGCGACGGGACCAUUUUGAAAUAGUUACCUUGCACAAAUAGGAUUUAGUUGAGGGGUGCUUGAGUCUGUUACAUUUGGUUAGAAAAAGAAAGUGUAAUGCAUUUUUUUUCAUCUGUAAUGUUAUUAAUGUGCAAAUUUUUUUUAGGAAAAAGAAAUACAGAUUUAUUUUUUCUUUGAUAUCCACAUCCAGGUAUUUUUGAACAAAUGCAGUUUUUCUAUGUAACCCGUUGAAUGCAUAAAUCACCACUUGCAAUUAAAGGACAAAAACAGAACUGAA